AUUUUUUUGAAAUUUUUAGUUAAUAUGGACCCAACACCCACAAAUUCCCAUCAGACAGAAGAUAAUUUUGAUGAUAACAACUCUGCUUCAGAAAUAUUUGAGUCGAGAAUUGACCAAAUCAGAGCCCACGUAAUUAAAAAGGUAGAAGAGUAUGCUGAAAAGAUCUUCACAAUGAAUAGACUCAAAGCUGAGAUCCGGCAAGCUGAAUUAAACCUCCGCUUGAACGAAGAUCUGCUCUCAAAAAUGUCAGCAAAUUCUAAAAAGAGGUCAGAAUCAGGCACUGGAAUUCCUUUCUUAGACCGGAAUGAGCAAGAGUAUCACAAGCUUGACCAAAGUAUCGGAAUAGAGGGUCUGCAAGACUUGUUCCCACAGAUAGAUCUUCAGGAGGAAAUGGAAAUAAGUUAG